CAAAUAACCCUUUUACGUCCCCCUAAGGAAGGCUCAGAAGGGGAGGUGUCAUCCUUCUGCGGUGUGCUAGGCGCGGCUGUUGGAAGGGGAGGAGGGCUUUAGCAAAUAUAGAGCAUACGAUUCCUGACCAUAUUCCUUUCGCUUUGGACAAAGACCAUAUGGUCUCGCUCGACCUGGAUUGUUUCUCCGCUUGAUGAACCGCGGCCUUCUGCUUCUCCACCUUUCUUCCUCUCUCAGCACAUUGGCAUUUCGCCCACAACCAAAUCAAGGCUGCGGAUCUCUCUUUUCAGAUUUGCAUACAUCAGUUUUGCAGCCUUGCAGGCACAUACAUCAUUGAAGAGGCGGGUGAUGGCGGCGGGAUCCAAAGCAGCGAAUCGCAUUUGACGGAUUCAGUCUCUUACAAGAUGACCUACAGAAUCGCCCAAAUCCGCCGUGUGAGUUCACAUCCUGAGGUUUAUGAACCAUGUGAUGACUCAUUUGCCUUAGUUGAUGCACUCCUAGCUGAUCGAACUAAUUUGUUGGAGCAUCAUCCAGCAUUGUGCAUGGAAGUGGGUUGUGGAAGUGGUUAUGUUAUCACUUCUCUAGCACUUAUUCUUGGCCAGGAGGCUCAAGGGAUCCAUUAUUUGGCAACUGACAUCAACCCUCAUGCAGUGAGGGUGACCCAAGAGACGCUGGAAGCACAUGGAGUCCAUGCAGAGUUGAUAAACACUGACAUAGCAUCAGGACUGGAGAAGAGCCUCGCUGGAAUGGUGGAUGUGAUGGUUGUGAACCCUCCUUAUGUGCCAACACCUGAAGAUGAAGUUGGCCGUGAUGGAAUCACAUCUUCCUGGGCUGGAGGGGAGAAUGGUCGUAGUGUUAUUAAUAAGAUACUGCCCAUUGCUGACAAUCUCUUGUCGGACAAGGGCUGGUUGUACAUGGUUACCCUUACAGCAAACAAUCCCACACAAAUAUGCCUUCAAAUGAGGGAAUUGGGGUUCGCUUCCAGAAUAGUCGUCCAGAGAUCAACUGAGGAGGAGAGCCUCCAUGUUAUCAAGUUCUGGAGGGAUAUUGAUAUUCAAGCAGAGGCAAAGGAAACUGUGACAAUGAAUAAAACAGUUCCUGCAAGGGUCAUGGAAUCUCUGCUUUCACAAUUUCCCCGAUUACCAUUGUGGAGAAAUGGCGACAACAACCAAUGAAUGAAAAAAGCUUAUCCCAUGAAAUACAAUUUCAAAUCCACCUACUGCAACAGAACUUUCUUUUUAUUUUCAAAUGGAUUAAGGGGAACCAAUGAUCCUUAUUUUUAAAAUGGGUGCCAAGAGGCAAAGCAAAAAGGAGGGAAGACACCAAUGAUCCUUAUUAUGGCGUCCCUGGAAGAUUGGUAUAUCACACUAUAUGGCCUCCCAACUUCUUGCUGAGUACUUAACCUUCUUUUUCCUGUUUAUAAUAUUUUCUGUGUGCUUAUCAAGGAAAGUAAAAAAACUCCUUGCUGAGUACCUCAGCGAUUUAUAAAACUACCCUGUCAAACUUCAUCCCAAGAAGAGUGAGAAUCCAAAAACUAGUACACAAGUUUAUGUAACCAUUAUAAAUUUCUAAGGUUAAA